CCUCAGUUCUUCUCUCUCACACUUUCUCUCUCUGCUUAAACUUUGCUCUCUCUAAACGCCACCAAACCGUGUCUUCUCCGAUACUAUUUCAUUUUCCGAUGGGUUUUCCGGUGGGUUACGCGGAAGUGUUCUUCCCGAACCCGUUCCUGCACACGCUGGCCCUCCUCGGACUUCUCCGAAACCUCGUCUUCUUCCUCUUCCACUUCCUCGGCCUCUCUGACUUCCUCGAAUCCGAGGUGACGUGGCCGGAUCCCGCCGCCGGCGCCCGCACCGCCGACAUGGCGAGGACCCCCUCUCUGUCGGCGGUGCUGAUCCGUGAACUGCUUCCGGUGGCAAAGUUCGGCGACCUCGAGGAAAACAAGGAAACGAGUUGCGCGGUGUGUCUGUUCGAGUUCUCCGCGGAGGAAGAGAUUCGGUGUAUGCGAAACUGCACGCACAUUUUUCACCAGAGUUGCGUGGACCGUUGGAUCGAUCACGAUCAGAAAACGUGUCCUCUUUGUAGAACUCCCUUUGUUCCCGAUGAUAUGCUUGAUGAUUAUAAUCAACGCCUUUGGGCUGCUUCUGGUGUUACCGAGUUCUACGCCGAUUACACUUCUUCCUUCUGAGUUCUCUUUCUUCGUUUGCUGGUGGGGCCCUUCCAAUGGAAUCAUGGAGAUGAAAUGUACAU